GCAAGCGCAUGUCGUUGUUGGUGCUGUGAGCGUGAACAGUGUGACUUUAAUUGUUGUGUCACGCUGUAUUGGUGCGUAAUUACAGGUUUAUGUCGACGAAGUGCCGACUCAAGGUGUAACUUAUCAAAAAUGGCUCUGAGACGGUGUUGGAGGUUUGCAGGGGUUGUCCCGCGGCUGGUAUGGAAGAGUACCGUCCUUCCUGGGGCUUCCGUCCCGAGAGGACGAAGCUUUGUGUCCAGCACUGUCAACACUCCACCCGGUUGCAAGACUACAGAGUUAUUGGUCCGCAGGUUCAGCUCGGGGACACCAACCACGGAUGUCAGCUAUGAGGAGCUGAAGCAGCGGCUAGCUGGCCGGAAAUCUGUAGUUAUCGAUGUGAGGGAGCCCUGGGAGCUCAGAGAGUACGGCUUCAUCCCCGGGUCAAUUAACGUGCCCUUGGGACAGGUGAAUACUGCACUCCAGCUGGUUCCAGAGGAGUUCAAGGAAAAGUACGGCGGUGAAAUGCCCCAGCAGACAGAUAGCGUUGUAUUCACGUGUCUGGCAGGGGUCAGAAGCAAGAAAGCACUCGACGCAGCCACUUCCCUCGGAUACAAUGCUGCUCAGCAUUACCCUGGUGGAUGGCAGGACUGGGUGAAAAAUGAACAACAUAAAUGAGGCAGGGAAUGGAAUAUAAAAAAAAGAUUAUGAAGAGCAUUUUAUCAAAGAAAUUCUCCUGAAAUCAGAGUGCAAAGUGAGGCUACAAACAAGGAGUCUUGUAAAUGGUUUUCAAAAAGUUAAUUUAGUUUUCUGCAGCAGUGAUUUAAAGUUAUUUUUCUUAAACUGUGAAUCCCAAAGACUGAAAUCAGAGGGCUCAGCACUCCACAACAUUUAUGUCCUCUGAUAAAAUGAACUACUGAUUAACCCUUUACAACUUCUAAUAAGUAGCCAGUGACUAUUUUAAACCUCACUACAAAUUAAAAAAAAAACAGAAAUCAAGUGCUUAUGUUCAUCUAGACUGUCUAUGCAAAUGAAGACUUGCGUGUGUGUGACUGUGAGUUAAUUGAAGUCUUCCGUUGCACAUCAUAAUAAACUCACCAUUUCAAGUUGAUGUACUGUAAAUAUUUAUUAAUAAUGUCUUGUUACACAUAUCUGAGACUGUUAGUUGCUGCCAACAUAAUUCAUUAAAAUAUGGUUUUCAUUAA